UUGAUGAACGUGGCUUUUAGCGCUCGAUUAUUUGUGCUUGCGGAAUCAGAUAAUUUGUGGUUGGGUUAAAUGCCCCAUUCGUUAAUGAGCCAAUAGUAAGAAAAGAACAGUAAAUGAGGUUCAUUUGAUGUGUCAAAAUAUAUUUAAAUGGAAGCAUCUAUUUUGAACACAAAGUAUGAAGAUAGUGAUAAAAAGACAUUGAAAGGUUUGUUUGAGGCAUUUGGCUCUUUGUUUUCCCUUCAAGAUAUAGCUUCUGCUUAUUACAAGGCAAACCAAAAUGCAGAUUUGGCUGGUGAAAUCCUGUAUGACAUGCAGGAAAUUCAGGAAUGCACCUCUACCACUGCAGUUGUUGCAUCCAACAGAGGGGCAAGAAGUGUAAAAUCUUCCAAAUCAUGCUAUGAUACAAUUUCUGAGAAACCAUGUUGCACAAAUAGAAAGUUCAGAGCUUCAAAGCAAAUCUGGCGUCCACUUUCAGGAGGAACUAUUCCAAGCAUUCUCGGCAAAGAAUCUGUUAAUUCCACACUAGUAGCCAACUCUUCCUGUAUGGAAACCAAACCAAUGAAAUUGGAUGCAAAGGAAUUGCCAAUGUCUGAACUGUGGGGAGAGGAAACUAAACUGAACCCAUCAAAGAAAGAUCACAUGUAUAAGGAUAUCGGAGAUUUUCUUUUCAGAAUGCUAGGAGAUGGCUUUCAGCUGGAAAGAGACGAGAUUCGACAAGUUCUUGAUAAAUGUGGAUAUGACGUGCAAAAGAGCAUGGAGAAACUAUUAGAUUUGUCUGCAGAGACUUUGGAUGAAGCGAACAAAUCCCUUGGUAAAUCCACUGAAAAGAAUGUAGAUGUGCAUUCAAAUUCUGAUGAACAUUCUUAUCAAAACAAAGUGCCACCAAUGAAUUUUUCCCAUGAGGGUGAUGCCAAUGGAAUUUCAAAUAUAAAUGAGGGAGGUCUACCUGGACAAGAGGAGAGAAAUGAUAUUCAGAAGGAAGUAUUUGUUGCAUUGUUUAAUGUUGCUGACAGAUCUGAAGGGUUAUCUAGAAGAGUAGCAAGGACAGCGAGGAGGCCUAGGGUAUUAGGAGAACUGGUUGUUGAACCUCCAAAAGACUUUACCUUAGAACACAAACCUGAUUCUGUUGUUUCAAAGCAAGAUAAUGGCAAUGAUGAUGAUGAAGAGGAUAGUUACCAGAAGCUUCGUAGAGCUGUGAAGGAGUAUCGGGUCACAAUGAAGGAAUAUUAUAAAGCUGCGGUCAAUGCAUUCGCAAAGGGAGACUAUGAUCGAGCUAACAAACUUAUGGAUGAGGGACAUUUUUUUCAUGAAAAGGCUCGCAAGGCAGAUGAAGAAUCUAGUCAGAAGAUAUUUGAAAUGAAAAAUGUAGAUACAAAUGAUGUAUUAACCCUUGAUCUGCAUGACCAUGGUGCCAAGGAAGCAAUGCGUCUUUUGAAGCGUCAUCUUGCUUCUCUUUCUGGCAUCUCAUCAAUUAAGUACCUGAAGGUCGUGAUUGAGACGAAUGAGGAAGAUACCUCAAAAGGGGCUCGCAGGAGAUUGGUUAUGAAGCUGUUAGAGAAGGAAUCAAUUAAGUGGACAGAAGGAGGAGAUGCUGGAACAAUAUUAAUUCGUUUGGAUAAAAUCAACCCAAAAUGCUUGAGCUUUGCUAAAAGAUAUUAUGCAGCUUAGGAUCUUGUUCAUUCCUCAUAAAAUCUUUAUUUUCACUAAAUUUCAAGUCUUUUUUUUUUUCUCUCUUUUUUAGGGAAUAAAUGGCAAGUAACUAUUAUGAUAAGAAAUGUGAAAGGAUUUCCUGUGCCGCAGUGCGAUACAUUUGAAAUUUAAAGAGUUUUUUUUUUUUAA